CAGCCAUUCUGCCAUCCUCAAUCUCAGCACCAUCACCUCUUCAUCCGCAAUCAACUCACGUUUCAACCACAAUGAGCUACGCGGACAGCACCAAAGGGACGGUCGAGGACUGCAUGGAUUUUGCAAAGGGCGAGUGCAAAUAUGGAGCAAGAUGUCGUCGCAACCACCACGAGAAGCUGGAUCCCAGCCUGCCGGAGACGAAAGAGACACCGGAUUACGAGGUGUCAAACGUUGCAAGCGACGGUUGCAGCAGAUGCUUGCAAGCUGCGAGACCUGUACGUUGAUAGCCAUCCCCAAGACCUGCACUUGCUAACACCCGCCACAGUGCGAUAAGAAAGG